UCUAAAUUUACACGCCAAUAGUUUGCUGCUCGAGUUGUGCUGAAUUUGAACCUGUAACGGUGAGAGAUGACGAGGCUAAACAGACUUUUACUUUAACAAACACACUCCAAUACUGAGCUGAUCGGAGAGUAGAAACAGGCGGCUUUAACGAGGGAUCGUCUGCAGGAGAACAAUCCUGCAUGUGCACAAACUAUUGGAGUGUUUGGAUUAUUUCUGCAGUCGGCCUGUAUGAGGAGGAGACGGAGCAGAGGAGGAGACCAGGUGGAGCUAAACAUCAGAAGAUCCUCCAGCUGUAUAUCAAGAUGGAGUUCUAGACAAACAAGACACCAGACAGAUCCAGUGAUGGUCGACUGUAGGAACCAGAUCAUGUGGCUUCAGCUACGGUCCCCCCCCCUCCCUUCACGCCUCGGGCCUUAGAUGUGACUGAGAUCAGCUGUGAUGGGGAUCCACAGCCUGCUGUCCCUCUCUGUGGUCCUGCUGAGCUGUGUGAGUCCGAGUGAGACCGGGCAGACUCCCAGAGUCUCCUUCAGUCUGGGGAGUCCUGGGAGACUUGUGACCCGCUUCAGCAGCCCUGACGUCAGUAACACCACCACCCUGCUGCUCAGCGACAACGGGGACGUGCUGUAUGUGGGGGCCCGGGACGCCGUGUUAGCACUGGAUGUUAGCAACGAGGACGCUAUCACACUGAGGAGCAAGCUGGACUGGAGUCCGUCGGAGAAAGACCUCGAACAAUGCUCCAUGAAAGGAAAGAAGAUGUCCGACUGUCCAAACUUCAUCCGAGUUCUGCAGUUCCUGAACAGCAGCCACGUCUACGCCUGCGGGACGUUCGCCUUCAGUCCACGCUGCACCUACGUUAACUCCGAGACGUUAACGAUGAGCCCGAAGCCCGACGAGGGACGAGGUCGCUGCCCCUACGAUCCCUACCAACGCAACACGGCCAUCAUCGUGGAUGGCGAGCUGUACACGGGGACGGUGGCAGACUACCGAGGAAACAGACCCGUCAUCUCCAGACACCUGAGUGAGGGCCGGCGAGUCGACCUGAAGCUGGACGACACGUUGGGAUGGCUCGAGGAUCCGACCUUCAUCAGCUCCAGCUUCGUCCCUGACGAGGAGAAGAUUUAUUUCUUCUUCAGUGAGGUGGGCAGAGAGUACGACUUCAUCGACAAGUUCAUCGUCUCUCGGGUCUCUCAGAUCUGCAUGAGUGACGUGGGGGGCCAGCGGACCCUGCAGAGACGUUGGACCACGUUCGCCAAAGCUCAGCUGCUGUGUCAGGCCGACAACGAGCUGCCUUACAACGUCAUCCAGGACGUCGACACACUCGCGCCUGCAGAGGGCGCUCCGGCAGACGACACACUCUUCUACGGCAUCUUCACCUCCCAGUGGUCUGUCAACUCUGGACGCUCGGCUGUGUGCUCGUUCCGUCUGAGUGACAUCAAGUCGGUCUUCUCUGGAAACUACAAGGUCCUGAACCGGGACACGUUACAGUGGAGCACCCGGGUUCAGGAGAAGGUCGCCAAUCCAGGAGAGUGCGGCCUUCACAACGCGUCCGACAACGCUCUACGUUUCGUCAAAGAGAACUUCCUGGCAGACGACAGCGUGCGGCCUGUGGGGAGGACUCUGACCAUGGUUUCUGCUGAGCACACGUACAGUCACCUGAGCGUGCAGAGGGUGCAGGCGGUGAACCAACGGGACUACACCGUGCUCUUCCUGCUCACAGAGUCCGGUUACCUGCACAAAGCGGUGCUGCUGCAGGCCGGGGCUCACAUCGUGGAGGAGGUUCAGGUGUUCGUGCAGCCGCAGCCCGUCAAGAGUCUGAAGCUCUCCACAGCGCAGGGAGUGAUCUAUGUGGGCACGUCCGAGGGGGUGGUCAGGGUCCCCACAGCCAACUGCUCUGUGUACUGGACCUGUCCUCAGUGUGUUCUGGCCCGAGACCCGUUCUGUGGCUGGGACCCAAACAGCAGGGCCUGCGUGGGGGUCUCCAACUCCAAAAGCAGUCUAGUUCAGGACGUGGACAGAGGGAACGUGGAGGAGGCGUGCAGCAGCGUGUCGUUAACACACAGAGCCAGAUUCAGCCCCAACAAACUGUCUGCGGCUUCGUGUCCUGCAGGUGAGCUGGUCUCGGUCUCUCUGAACGAGGUGGUCCGGCUGCAGUGUCCCCCGUCCUCCCGUCUGUCCCGGCAGCAGUGGGAGCGUCCCAACAGCCGCCUGUCCUCCGAGCUCUACCUGCACCUGGAGGACGGCAGCCUGAGCUUUGUGGCCACGCCCACCUCGCUGGGUCACUACCUGUGCCUGUCCACGGAGAACGGCUUCCAGCAGACCGUGGCCAUCUACCACGUCAGACAGAAGAGCAGCAACACGGCUCAGUCCCAGCCCAGCUCGCACCCUGUCACUCAGGCGGGGGCCCGGCCGGGGCCCAGAUCGAAGCCCUCUGAGGGACCUCAGAGGACAGAAUCAGAACUGGGGAGGACUGAGCCCACACAGUCAAGCAGAGAUGCUCAGACCCCUACCCCACAGCAGGACAGAGACCCCGCCCUGUGGACUCAAGAGUCAGGGCUCAGAGGGACUAAGCUUUGGGAGGAGGGGCCCCUGAUGUCUGCACGGGGUCCCUGCUACCUGAAGGAGCUGGUGGUGGUGUCGGUGCUGCUGCUCCUGUGUGUCAGCCUGCUGAUCACCGUGCUGCUCUACACCUUCAGACAGCGCUGCCGCAGCCGCACCGCCCCCCAGGCGGGAACCCCCCCCAGAGGCCGCAGGACCUCCAUGGAGCAGGAGGCCCUCAGGGGCCCCUGUGCGAGCAAACGAAACGGGAAGACCCCGCACAGUGCACAGGCGGGGGUGCUGGUUAGUAACGGGGCUCUGACGGGGUCUAACGGACAUUUACCCAACACCCCCAUUUGAGAGUUACACAAAACACACACACUGAUACACACACUCACUGUUACACCUGAGAGGUGGGAGGAGCCUGUUACCACGGUGACUCUCUGUCAGUCCUGUUGGAGGUUCUGUUAAAAAGGCUACGCUGUUUUCACACAUGUACUUCAAGCAGAAUGCAGCAGCAGAAAUCUUCCUCUCUUGCUUGUUCACACAUGCACCUCGCAGCGGGAGAUGAUUCCAGCUGAUGGGGGGGGGGAGGAGUCUGUUUUUUGUUCACACAGGAGUUUUGUGCAUGUGUGAAAGAACCGAACCACUAGAGACUUGGUACACCUGUGAGGACACCUGUCAGUCAGAUGAACGAUGUUUAAAAUGUGAUGACCAAUCUGUGACGGUACUUUGUGUUGUUCCACACACUGACUCAGUUUGUCUGUGCUGUAAAGUACGAGUUCACCUGACUGUAAAAGGUUUUAGACAAGAAACUUUGCUAUGAAGCCACAGUUUUCAGUCUACUUUCAUGAGGUUAUUAAUUCUCAGGAGGUCAAAUGAACCAAACGUGAAGACCGAUGUUACAUUUUUUAAAACUCCCUCUGUGGAUUGUGAAAAUAAAGACGAGUCAGCGGCUGUUUUCAUCUCAGAAAUCUCUUCGUAAUGUGUUUUUUGACUUUGCCAAACUGAUAUUUUAGGAAACGUCAGUAACGGACUGAAGGUUUGUGUUCAUGUGGAAGAGAAGUCAGGACGAGACAUUUAAUCAUAAACAAAUUCAUCUGCACACGGAAACAGUCAACCGGAAGUCUUUUUUCAUCGUCAGUCCCUGAGGUUAAAGUGUCAUAAAACACUUGCUAAGAAAUUUACCUGAAGGAGUUUAACUUUAGUAGGUUAAAGGUCACAUAUUCUCCUCCUCUUCAACCAGUCUCAAGAGCUCCCCAAAACAUGUGUGUGAAGUUUCUUGUUCUAAAUCCACUCUGAUCCUGUAUUUGAUCAUGUCUAUAAACCCCUCUAUUUCAGCCCUGCUCAGAACAGACUGUUUCUGUGUCUGUACCUUUAAAUGUAAACUUUUCUCAUCAUUGGGGGGUUUCUAGACAGACAAGGGACACAUGUUGGAGUUAGAACAACAUGGUGAAGUGUGUUUUGCAUAAUAUGUGACCGUUAAGAAAACUCCCUGAACUGUUCACAUGUUCAUAAUCAGGACAGAUUUUAACCCUUCGAUGUCUCAUCUCUAAAGAAAUUCUCAUAAUUUCUGCUUCUGUCAGCACAAUCAUCAUCAGCGAGUUGUAACUUGUUGGUGGUUAUUUUUCUGCAGAUCAUUUCAGGUUUUCAGUCUGUUUUUUCUCCGUGUGUUAGCAUCAGUGUCCUCUUGUCUGUAAGUCGAUGAAGACAAUGACUGGUGAGAUGUUUAAAACCAUGCGGAGGUCUCGGUGAGGAGGUCUGACUGUACGGUCACCGGCUGCUCUGAUUUGGUAUGACUGUUCGAGGUGUGAUGAUAACAAACUGUCCAAACUGUGUGACGAGCACAGGAAUAAAAAGUGAAGGUGUC